AUGGACCGCUAUAUCGAUCUCCGCGUCAAGAUCUCCAUCAUCGCCCUCCUCGGCCUCGGUAUAUUCGCAUCAACAGCAGCCAUCGUUCGCCUCACCGUAACACUCAACCUCAGCGCAACAACAGACUUCCUCUACUACGCUAUGCCUGUAGCUGCAUGGGCGCAUGCUGAGCUUGGGCUUGGCGUUGUCCUCGCAAACCUUUCGGCCUUGCGUCCCCUUCUCGAGAAGAUGCUCGACCUUGGAUCGACAUUGCGCAGCAGCAAGAAGCGUACCGGCGAUCAGGCGUCUGGCGAUGCAUACAUGGAGCUUGAGGAGGGUAUCGGCAGUAAAAAGAGGACAAUGUUGUCGAAGAGGCUGAGCGGGCGAACAGGACUCAAGGCAGCUGUUGGUGUUGGAGAAGAUCCGGAUGGUACCUCAUCUCUAGGUGACGAUGAUAGGUCUACGCGCAACAUUAUGAGCCGACACGGGCCGCAUAACAUACAGAUAGACCAUGAGUAUGAGGUCAGCUAUGAGAAAACGAAAGGCCAUUGA